AUGGAGGAAAACGGUGGUGGGCACACCCCUGAAGACGCCUCCGUCGCCGACGAGCUUAUUUCUCCAAUUGGUUUUUCGUAUUAUGCGAAUACUGCUUCUCUUAGCCCUGAAUUGUAUCUCACUCUACUCGAUCGCUGCUGGAGACGAUCAGGAAAACUAUUGUACCGUCCAAAUCAGCGCGUUUCUUGUUGCCCUCAUUACACUAUUCGCUUAGAUUCAGAUCAGUUUUAUCCAACAAGAGGUCAGCGCCAGACCAUUAACCGUUUCAAUAAACAUGUACUUGGCGACAAUUACAUUAAGCAAGCUGCUCGUCUCUAUCCAAGGUCGCGCCAAGAGACGAAGAAGCGUGACAAUGAGUUUUCGUUAACAGAGCGCAUUCAUGAGGCUGAGAUUGGUCAAAUCAAGACACCGCCUGAGCCAGCUCACAGGUGGACUGUAACGCUCGAAGAAGACAAUUUUACUGAGGAAAAGUAUCUAGUCUAUGAAAAUUACCAGCGAGUUGUCCACGGAGAUGAGCCAUAUGAGAGGUCGCCAGAGUCUUUCCGACGAUUCCUCUGCGGCUCUCCUUUGCAACGUCGGACCAUGGUUGGGCCUGAUGGACGGAAGCGCCGCUUGGGUUCCUACCAUCAGUGCUAUCGCCUGGACGGCGUUCUAGUCGCCAUAGGAGUGCUUGACUUAUUGCCACAGUGUGUCAGCUCUGUUUAUUUUCUUUACCACGAAAGCGUUCACAAAUUUGCCCCUGGGAAGUUGGGGGCUCUUUAUGAAAUAGCUCUCGCGAUUGAAGAUGGUUACCGGUGGUGGUACCCUGGAUUUUACAUCCACAGCUGUCCCAAAAUGAGAUACAAAAUAGACUACGGGCCACAGUAUAUCCUCGACCCGGAUACCCUGGAAUGGCGGUUUUUGGAUAAGAGCAUUUUGAAUAUUCUUGCUAGGGAUACUUACACGAGCCUAUCUGCAGCACUGGUUGAAGACGUUCCUCCAGAGUCUGACUUGCAUGCUACAGACGCUAUGAACAUGGAUGAUUCUGCUGGACACGAGCAAAACUCUGUAUCUUCAGGCGAGAACUCGGAGGAUUCCGAUACGGAAGAAGAGAGUGGCAUGAGCUAUAAAUCUCUCUUCCAAUCCGGAAUGCCAGGUAUCCCCUCCGUUGCGGACAUGGAAAAAUUCGAUCUAGAUCACAUUGUUCUGAGGAUUUUUCCCACAGGCCCGCUGUUUGAAACGUCAGACUUGGUCGGUUGGAGGCAUGGUAACAUGGCAGAGCCGUCAAACGUAAAGCAUAGUAUUGCGCAAUUGAUAGCUGCCCUGGGUCCUGAUUUGAUGGAUCGCAUAUGUUUGGACCUGGUGCGUCGACGAGGCUAA